CAAAUUGUUAGUAGACUGCACAAUGUUACGGGUCUCGAUAAUUGUGUGUUUGAUCUCUCAAACGUUACUUUGCUAUGGAGCACCGAACAACUCGGAAGAAUGGUGGAGGGACAGUUUCAUCUAUCAAGUCUAUCCCAGGAGCUUCAAAGACAGCAACGGGGAUGGAGUUGGAGAUUUGAACGGGAUCACAAGCAAAUUAGAGCACCUGGCUGAUAUCGGAGUCAGUGGAUUAUGGAUUUCCCCGAUCUACACGAGUCCAAUGGUAGACUUUGGCUACGAUAUUGCAAAUUUCACUGAAAUUGAUCCGAUUUUCGGUAACUUGGCGGACUUUAAGAAACUCGCUGCGAAAGCAAAAAGUUUGGGUCUGAAGUUGCUGCUUGACUUCGUUCCAAAUCAUACAUCGGAUAAGCAUAUCUGGUUUUUGAAAAGUAUUCAAAGGAUCAAACCCUAUGAUCAGUACUACGUCUGGAAGGAUGCAAAGAUAGUGAAUGGAACUAGAAAGCCACCGAAUAACUGGCUUAGUGGAUUUCAAGGUUCUGCUUGGCAGUGGAAUGACCAGCGUAAGCAAUAUUAUCUUCAUCAGUUCGCAGUGGGACAGCCAGACCUCAACUAUCGAGACCCCGCACUCUGCGAGGAGAUGAAGAAUGUUCUACGAUUCUGGUUGAAACUGGGACUAGACGGCUUCAGGAUAGACACUAUUCCAAGUCUAGUAGAGGACAAUAGGUUUCUCGAUGAACCAAGAAAACCCAAUACGGGAUUACCUGACACAGAUCCAAAUACACUUGACCACAUUUACACCUAUAAUCAAAAUGAGACAUAUGAUGUAGUGAAGACCUGGAGGGACGUACUCGAUGAGACCAAUGGAACGAAAAAACUCUUCCUGACAGAAGCUUACACCGAUCUACAACAUUUGAUGAAAUUCUACAAGUACGGAUCCAACAUUCCUUUCAACUUCAUGUACAUGGGUGAGUUGAACAACCGUUCAACAGCACUAGACUUCAAGCGUGCGAUGGACAAGUACCUGAAUGCCAUACCACCCGGAACGACACCUAAUUGGGUGGUAGGUAAUCAUGAUCAGAACCGAAUAUCAUGGAGAUUCGGGGUUAGACGAUCAGACUGGUUAUCGAUGAUAGCUGCAGUAUUACCUGGUGUUGGAGUUAUCUACAAUGGCGAUGAAAUUGGCAUGGAGAAUCGUCCACUCUCAUAUACAGAGACAGUAGACCCCGCUGGAUGCAACGCCGGGCCCAACAGGUACACACUCUACUCAAGGGAUCCAGCACGAACUCCAUUCCAAUGGGACAAUACCACGAGCGCUGGAUUUUCAACAAGUAACAGAACUUGGCUACCAGUUCACAACAAUUACAAGACUCUGAAUCUCCAGGCCCAAAAGAGAGUGCUAAAUUCACACUACAACAUCUUCAAGAAGUUGGUACAAUUGAAGAAGAAUCCAGUCAUUAAGGAUGGCUCGACCCAAAUCAUUGUUGUCCAAAGUGUGCUUGGCGUUGUAAGACGACUACCAGGAAGGAAGCCCAUCGUUCUCCUCCUGAGCUUUAAUCUCGGUACUAUGACGGCUGAUUUCUCAGCAUGGAUGAAUAUUCCUGAUUCGAUGACUGUAUACACCGCGGAUGCUGCAUCUGGAGUUACUGCGGGAUCAACCAUCAACUUGACCCGCUUUACCAUCCCUGGUUCUGCCUCAAUAAUUUUGGUUUAAGCCGACUAAAUGUAUUCAGUCCCAAUUCAUUGAUUUUGUCAAGAUGUUCCUACAUACAAUAUCUUUGCAUAAAUUAAACACCUAUUUAAAGCUAA